AUGUAUAACAACAGUACUAUUUUCAUUGCAUGUAAUGGUACUGAAUCCAAUAAUUAUCUGCGAUUUUCAAUGUCAGCUUCAAUGUCGAUUGAUAUACUUAGUCAGAAAACAUUAAAAUGGCAAGUAGCAUUAAAAGUUAUUUAUAUCAGUCUGUCUACAUUACAAUUCUUAACGGCUACUAUUUGCAAUUUAUUAACAAUGAAAACUUUGUUGAAGAAAAAAAUUCGUAUUACAUCAUUAGGUGUCUAUUUAAUCGUCUUUAUUUUGGCUAGUUUAAUAGGAAUGAUUCUGUUGUAUGUCAGAAUUAUUGUUACACUGGUUUUUAACGAAGAAUUAGAUAAAAAUAGUUUAAUUCAUUGUCGUAUAAUUACAACAAUUUUAAAUUCUACAUUGAUUUUAUCUUUAUGGGCUGGUGCAUUUGUAUCAAUUGAACGAGUAUUAAUUCAACUUUAUAAUUAUAGUUUAUAUCGUUCACGUAAAUAUACUGUUAUAAUUUCAGUUUUACUUAUUCUCUUAACGGCAGCAGCAAAUAUAACAACAUUUAUUGGCUGGCAAAGCGCAGCACAUCCAAUCGUAACUAAUAUGCGUCUAUGUAAAUUUCGUCAAUUUCCAGCUCAUUGGAAGUUAGUCGAUGAAAUAGUUAAUAGUAUGUACAUUCACACUGUUAUACCAUGGAUUUUACAUGUUCUAUCGAUUGUCUUCGUUUUGAUUGAUAUUAUAAGACAUCAAAUUAUAUUGACUGGUGCAAAAAGAUGUGAUUGGAGAAAGAUUAUCUGUCAACAGUUAAAGAAACAUAAAGACUUUUUUCUUCCACCAAUACUCAUUCUCACCUGUACACUACCACAUGUACUGUUAAUUAAUCUUUUUGGCUCUAGUACAAGUCAUGUCUGUUCAAAAUCUAAUAUGAAUGCCUAUCUUCGAUUACAUAUAGCAUUUGACUUUUUAUAUUAUUCACUGCAAACUAUAGGAUUUUUUACAUAUAUUUAUCCGUCAAAUGUGUACAUGAAUCAAUUUCGUAAAACUUGGAUAGUAAGAACAAGUAGAGCCGUUAUAGCAGCUUUAUUUGGACAUCAUAAAUCACGUACAAGUGACACGUAA